CCUUGGCUCCAGGGCGAGUGACAGAAGCGAGGAAGACGACGGCAAAGUUUGUUGAAGAAGAAGAAGAAGAAGACUUUGACUUUAUCAGCUGACGUGUGCUUGCACCUCCGCGUCUAUCUCCUCGCCUCGCAGGGAAGUCUACACGACAAGGACGACAAAAGCUCGCCGUCGUGGAGAAACUAUGUCAGGCAGAGAAGAUGAAUAUGAUUACCUCUUCAAAGUGGUCCUGAUUGGAGAUUCGGGCGUGGGCAAAAGCAACCUGUUGUCUCGCUUCACCCGCAAUGAGUUCAACCUGGAGAGCAAGAGCACCAUCGGGGUGGAGUUUGCUACACGGAGCAUCCAAGUGGAGGGCAAGACCAUCAAGGCUCAGAUUUGGGACACGGCCGGACAGGAGCGCUACAGAGCCAUCACUUCUGCCUACUAUCGCGGCGCCGUGGGAGCGCUCCUGGUUUACGACAUCGCCAAGCACCUGACCUACGAGAACGCCGAGCGCUGGCUGAAGGAGCUCCAAGACCACGCCGACAACAACAUCGUUAUCAUGCUGGUGGGAAACAAAAGCGACCUGCGCCAUCUCAGGGCGGUGCCCACGGACGAGGCCAAGGCCUUCGCAGAAAAACAUGGCUUGUCCUUUUUGGAGACGUCGGCGUUGGACUCGUCUAAUGUGGAGCUGGCCUUCCAGACCAUCCUCACAGCCAUCUACAACAUCGUGUCCCAGCGUCAGAUGUCAGGUCGAAGUGACUCGGACUUCUCUCCGGCCUCCAACGUGGUUCCCAUCACGGUGGAACCCACCCAGAACUCGGCCAGCAAGGGCAUGUGCUGCCAGAAUAACUGAGCAGAAGAAGAAGAGGUGGGUGGAGACAAGCACCUCCCACCUGGAGCACUCUAGGUGUUUGGAGGGCCAGGUGGAGAUAACAGCCAGGUGGUGCAGCUCCAACUAAUCACAGUUUCCUUCUAGCCUUUUUUCUCUUUUGAAAGGUCAUCUUUCCAUCCCCUGAGCAGUCACAACUCCCCCAAUAAAGAUUGUAGGGCGACAGACAUAUUUAUUCAACACUAGAUGACAAUGCUAACGUGUCAUUGUACCUUCUUGAUGAUUUAUGCUAGGCUGCACCCUUAAAUGAAUGGUGGCGGGUGGUACCCAGGACCCUUCUUCUCUUUGCCUUCUUCUUCUCUCUCAGAUUAGCGUUAAAUAGCGGCUACAGAUUGUUAGUAAGUAAGGGCUCGAUUGAAAUGUGUGCACACGGUCCUUGUAGGUUGGGGCUUUUACUUUGAAAAGAAACAGAGCGUUUAUUCUAAUCUGUCUAUUGGACUGCAUCUGUAGAAAUAAAUCUCUUUUGUAAUA